UUUUCCUUUUUUCUAUUGAGAGUAAGUAAAUACACGCAUAUGUUUCUGUAUUUAACCGUCUAUGUAAUGCUUUGAGGUGCGUCUUCCCUGCCUGGCCCGGCGCCAUAGAUCACCAUCAGUGACAAACGGAAUGUGGCAACUCGUGACAAAGGUUUGCCGAGGGAAGGAAAAUAAGGAGGUUCCCCACAUGACGUCCGACACACCGCCCUUCCUUCUCUCAGUAGCACGCACGCCAGCAUUCGGGGGCCACGCCAGCUCGUCCCCCGCCCCGCAGCGCCCAGAUCUGCCCUGCUGGCCCGCUGCGACAGCCGUCCGCGCGCGUGCGCCAUGGAGUUUUUGUGAGUGGCGAGGUGACACCAGUGUUCAGCGCGAGGACUGCUCAUAUUGUGGCUGGAAAAAUAAACUGUUAUUACUGCGUGAGCCGGACUGAGACAUGGCCCUUGACACGAGAAUGUUCCGGUGGCCCAACCCGAUGUCCUUUACCGAGCUGUGCGGCGACAAGUUUAACGAGACACCAGAAAGUGAUCCACACCUCGGGGACUACCUGGAUACCUACAGUGACAGCUGCGACACGCCCUCGCCGAGCCCCGUCAGCGAGGAUGCGCCCCCCAGCCCCCAGCGAUACGCCCACACGGAGUCCUCGACCCCCGUGUACACUGAACUCUCCACGCCCACGCAGAACGCCUUCUCGACGGCCGGGUACUACGACAACAGGAAUUACGUCGCUGGCUCCGAGGGCAACAGAGGGGUUGUGCAGCAGGCCGUGCAGCAGGAGUUCACGGCUCUCCCGCCGGGCGACAACUCCUUCACACAGGUCAAUUAUGACAACUUCUGGCCCUCCAGCGCGGCGGGGCAGGCCCAGCCCGCGCCCCUGCCCGCCACCUACCAGCCCGCCGCGGCCCAGGCGCCCGAGGUCCGGCCCGAAGUCAUCUUGCACUCCCAGACAAUAUUCGACCGCAAGUCCCUCCGGAUUAGACGGAGACAGUCAAAGUUUGUGACCGGAGAAGUAAAGAAGAAGCGGCGCCUGCAAGCCAACGCAAGGGAACGACGGAGGAUGAACGGCCUGAACGACGCCUUCGAGAGACUGCGGGAGGUCGUGCCGGCUCUCGGGAAUGAUAGAAAGUUGUCAAAGUUCGAGACGCUGCAGAUGGCGCAGACCUACAUCACAGCCCUGGCUGAGCUGCUCAAGAGGGACAAGCUGACCGGCGCCCCGCACUCCUCGGCCUCCUGCUUGCACUAACUCAAGUCUUCUACACACUGCAAGCUCAAUCCCCGGCACCUCAAGCCCGCGCCCAGGGUACCUCUCACCCAUGGGUCAAUAUCCUCCCUAGGGUGUAUUGUACCCUCACCAGGGCCAACAUUUGAUACCACUGAGCCUUUCAUCCACACUAGGGUGCAUAAACGACCCUGGGGUUCACCACCCACCCACCCCAAGGUCAACGACCCAGCCUAGAGUUGACGCCCCCCAGCCUAGGGUCAACGGCCCAGCCCAGGGCUCACCACCUGCCCAGGGUUGUCAUCGACCCUCGGAGGCGCCACCUGCCGCCCGGAAGCCUGGCGAGGGCCGCCGUGUAGCCUGGCCCGUCACCCACCCUGGCAGGCCCCAGCCACUCUGGUGCUUGUAUAAGGUCUACAGCUCGUCCCUUGGGCCACCAUUCCCUCAAGGACCAACCUUGGGAUUUCCCACUUACCCAGGGGUACACUACCGUCCUAGGGGCCAGUCACACCCACGAGGUGGCCCAUGUCUCUGCUGCCCACCCUGGGGUUCAUCACGUUAUAGGUUACCACGUGCCCUGGGACACCAGCUCCCCCGGGUCCACCGUCCACUCUGAGGCUCAUCACCCCGCCUGGAGAAACCAAGUCCUGGAUUAUAUCAUGCCAUGGGCCCCACCCGCUCCCCUGGGGUCCACCGAGCCCCCUAACGACUAAAGUCAACGUUAUCCAUGCAACCCACCGCUCCUGCCGUGUCGCCGCCACCCUGGGGUUCCCCGCUCCUCCAGGUUGGAUUUCAUAUACUGGAAGGUCCGUCACGUCCUGUUACCAAUUCGUGUAAGCAGCGCCCUUGUGGCCUAGAAACAGCCCCCGGGGCUCUCCCUCACAUUAGUUAUAUCAUGCCACGCCGUGACUUAUUCUUGUUGUUUUGUUGAUGAAAUGGAAAAUAUCAGUGGUAGCUGUAGACGGCUCGGCCCCUCGCGGCCCAGCCCUCCGACAGUGUGUAGCGCUCUAAGUCAAGACUGUCACCGCCACGCCGACCGGUGACCUCAACGCACGCUGAGCAGUGUUCGGUAGGGCGUCAUGUGCGUGUGCAGUGAGAAAAAAACAACCAAACAGCGAGGCCGAUAAAUAAGUGCAAAGAUGAGUACAUGAAUACUAACACACGAAAGACACAUUAAUCAGUGUACGUGUUAUUAUAUAUUUUUUGCGCGUGUAUCAGUGGCGACUCCUGCCUCCCCCUCCCUCUUGUAGGCUAAUACUCCUCCGUCUGUGAUAUUGUGCUGUAAGCCGUGCGUGUACCAUGUCAUUGUCAUUAUCAUUAUUAUUAUCAUUAUUACGGUUAUUAUUAUUAUUAUUAUUAUUAUUAUUAUUAUCAUUAUUAUUAUUAUUAUUAUUAUUAUUAUUAUUAUCAUUAUUAUUAUUAUCAUUAUUAUUAUUAUGGUUAUAUAUGUUGUUGUCGUUGCCGGUUGAGAA